AUGGAAGAAUAUUCCAUGAGACUCAAAAUAUCAUUUAUUGUGAGUUUUAUAGCUUUGCCUAUAGUUUUCAUGGUUACCUUAAUGUACCAAAACUCUAGUUUUGGGCUAUUUGAAGGGUUUUCAAAAGGCAUGGCAAUUGGAGGAAUGAAUCAAAAGAAUUUUACAAUUGGAGUACCAAAUGUUACAGCUAAUAAUGAGUUUGGAUUGAGAUCACUUGACAACUUUGAAGGAAGAAACAAGAGUGCUGUCAAAAUCAAAAGCUCCAAAAGUAUCCCAUUGACAAAUUCAACUUCAACUCCAUCUAAAGAGAUCAAUGAUGAUGAGAAAGACAAAUUGCUUGAUGGACUAUUAGUUUCUGGAUUUGAUGAAGCAUCAUGCAUAAGCAGGUCACAAUCACAUUUCUACCACAAACCUUCUCCUCACAAACCUUCUCCAUAUUUGAUAUCUAAACUAAGAAAAUAUGAAGAACUUCAUAGAAAAUGUGGACCUAACACUAGAGCUUACAAUAAAGACAUGAAAAUUAUUGCAAAUUCUAAAAAUAAUAGUAAAAAAUCUGCUGCAACAACUUGCAAAUACAUUAUUUGGUUACCUGCAAAUGGUUUAGGUAACCAAAUAAUUAGCAUGGCUUCAUCAUUUCUUUACGCACUCCUAACAGAUCGUGUCUUGGUAGUACAAUUCGGGAAAGAUAAAGAAGGUUUAUUUUGCGAACCAUUUCUAAAUUCAACAUGGUUACUACCGGAGAAUUCCUCCUUUUGGGAUGCGCAAAAUGUUGUAACAUAUCAAAGCAUGGAAAUGACUAAUACAUCAAAUGAAUAUUUGCCAUCAGCUAUGUAUGUGGAUCUAAAAUACAGUCCUACAAAUGAUGAGAGAUUUUUUCACUGUGACCACAAUCAAUUUCUUCUCAGUAAAAUACCUCUACUGUUUUUGGAAGCAGGUCAGUAUUUUGUACCAUCAUUUUUCAUGACACCAAUUUUCAAAGAUGAGUUAAACAAAAUGUUUCCGGAAAUUACCUCAAUUUUUCACCAUUUGGGACGAUAUCUAUUUCACCCCGCAAAUGAAGCAUGGGAACUAAUUACUAGUUUCUAUCAACAACACCUUGCUAAAGCAAAUGAGAGAGUCGGGCUUCAAAUAAGAGUGGUUAAUCCAUAUUCAACUCCACACCAAGUUGUUAUGAAUCAAAUUUUGAAUUGCACAUUAGAGAAUAAGUUACUUCCAAAAGUACGUGGUACAAAAAAUAUGUCAGUGUCUUCUAGUGACAAAAACAAGACGAUUAAAAAGUUUGUUCUUGUGACAUCUUUAUUUCAACAAUAUGGAAAGAAUUUAACGAAUAUGUAUCAGAAUAAAUCAACGGUUACCGGGGAAGUAAUCGAGGUUUAUCAACCAAGUAGUGAAAAGGAACAAAAAUUUGGUGAUAACAAGCAUAAUUUGAAGGCUUGGGUUGAAAUGUAUUUACUAAGUUUAUCUGAUGUGUUGGUGACUACAUAUCAAUCAACUUUUGGUUAUGUUGCUAAGGCUUUGGGAAAUUCAAUACCAUGGAUUCUUUACAAUCCUGUUCAUAAUACAAAUAAGGAGAUUUGUGAACGUGAAUUUACAUUAGAGCCUUGUUAUCAUUAUCCUCCUUUACAUUAUUGUGAUGAUGGAAAGGUUAUUCAAGAUGUUGCUUCUUCUUUUCAUAAUAUUAGACAUUGUAAGGAUUUUCCUUUUGGUUUGAAGCUGGUUAACACUUCUGUUUAG